CCUUUCCCACCAACCAAACUCCCCCUUUUCUCCACUAUUUUUAUUUUCCCUCAUAAUAUUAUUUCAAACUUUAUAUUAUAAUUCCAAAUAUUAUUUAUACAUACACACAUAUUGUGUAAUGCAAGAGGCAUUGCCCUAUAAGAGAUGGGAUGUACUCCCACCGGUACCGGUGGCGAGUACCUCCUCUGAUAGUGGUGGUAAUGUUGGGAUUAACAAUAUGAAUAAUGGUAAUACAAUGGAGAGUUUGGUGAAGGAGAAUCCGGUGAUCGUGUUCGGAAAGCGAGGUUGUUGUAUGUGUCAUGUGGUAAGGAAAUUGUUGCUUGGGUUAGGAGUUAAUCCUCCUGUGUUUGAGAUUGAUAGUAGUAAUGCUAAUGAAUCUCUUUUGAUUAAUUCUUUGUCAAAAUUUGUAGUCAAUAAUAAUAAUAAUAGUGUAAACACCUUGCAAUUUCCUUUGGUGUUUGUGGGUGGUGAGCUUUUUGGUGGCCUAGAAAAAGUUAUGGCUACUCAUCUUUCCGGUGAAUUGGUGCCUAUUCUCAAACAAGCCGGCGCGUUAUGGCUCUAAACCACUACUACAUCCGCACGAGUUUAGCAAUUUGAAGUAUUAUAUCAGCGUGACAAUUAAUUCUAUCUGAGAAAGUAGUUUUAAUUUACAAAAAUACUUUGGUUCUCUUUAAAUAUUUGUCUUUUUUCAUAUUACAUGAGUUAAUGAUAAAUAUUUUGAACCAAAUCAAUGGGAGAAUCAAUUGAUGUAUGAGAAAUUUUACAAGUGCUAGUUGUCAUGAUAACUUUUUACAAGUUUUUAAUAGAAGGUAGAUUUUCUUGUACAUUAUUAUUAUCAUUAUUCAUGGUUGUGUAUGUAGACCAUAAAGAAAAUGAUGGUGUUUAUUAAUAUUAAAUGAUUUUAUUACAUGAAAUGAAAAUAAAAAAUUGAAGAA